AUGAAGGUCGUCUCUAUCCUCUCCGCUGCUCUGCUGGCUACGUCUGUAGCCGCGACCCCCAUGAGCAUCACCGCUGCCUCGGCCUUGGCCUCGGCGCAGCAGGUAGCACAGGUGGUAGAGGCCGAGCCAACCGGGCACGUCCUGCAGAGGCGUGAAGACGGCCUCCGGGUUCAGAACCCUCCGGCAGGCAAGGACCUCGGCGACUACAUCCGCGAGCUCUUGUCUCAAAAUGGCCGUAAGGCUGAGGAGGCUACGGCGGCCCUCCUCGUCGACCGCAAAGACUUUGCGCUGCGGGAAAAGGUGUUGGCUGAGCUGAUCAAGCCCUUGAAGGCUGACAGGCAAGCCAAGCUUGACCGUUGGUUGGAGGACUUGCGCAAGGAGUAA